AUGACGCCGUGCUCCUCCGCGCGCGUGUUUGUGCGCGCCGCCCUGUCUACAUCUCCGGUGUCAAAUGCACCGCGUCGCAAACGGCCAAAAUCCAGAGAUCCUCUCCAGCGCGAGCUCGGUCGAGUCAGCACUCGUCCUCCGCGCGCGUCCGUCGCCGUCAUGACGACGCCGACACCCCCCGCGCGCGUCUGUCGCGCGCGCGUCGUCGUCAAUACCACGACGACGCCGUCCACGGCGUCGCGCGCGUCGCGGCCGUCGCGAAUGACGCCCGCGCGCGUCGCUCCCGCGCCGUUCGGAACCCUCCACGUCGGAGGCCGCGAGAGCGUCGUCGUCGUCCCGAUCCCGCGACGUCUCCGCGACGAGAAGGGCGUCGCCGCGCGGUCCUCCCCGGUCGACCUCGACCGCGGCGACUCGAGCGACGGCGCGGGCGCGGGGAACGACAACCCGGACGCCCGGUGCCCCGUGUGCAAGGGCACGGGGUGGAAGCCGUGCGGGCAGUGCGACGGCACGGGCGUGAACCAGGAGGACCUGUACGGCGGCAAGCCGGGGAUGCGAAAGGGCGAGCGCUGUUGGCUCUGCGAAGGCAAGAAGCGGACGAUGUGCGGCAACUGCGUGGACCUCACGGACGCGUUCUAG